AUGCUUUCGACUUCAUAGUGGACCAAAACACGUUGGGUGCUGCGACAGAGGCACUCCGCCAAUAUUUGGAAAACUAUUGGUUCGCUACCCACCCUAUCACGGAACAAACUAAAGCUGAACGCAUACUCGGCACGGACUCUGGUGAACUCGAUUCAGACCGGCCACUGGUCCCCAUGACUCCAGGGCAUCCGGGUUUGAGUGUGGUGACAAAGUCCGCGCUCAAUGCAGGCUUCACUAGCCAAGAAAUCAGCGCUUUAACUGGAGCACGAGCGGCUGGUUGGGCGACGGAGAACGGGGUGCCCAUGGAAAAUGAGCUCGGCCUUACCGGAGCACACUACGGAGGCGGGAGCCUCGGUAGCGAGUUCAACUCACUCCAGAUCUCCUCACAUGGCGACAGGGUAGAGACAACGAACCCUCACUAUGGCUACAACAAGGAUGAUUACAGACAUAGUUUGUUAACCGAAGAGGAUGAGAGACAGAGUCUACGCGUAACCGUCCCCGAUGUAACUUCUCAACACACGCCACAUAGGCCUCACCUGAAUGUGGGAGCGGCGCAAGCUGUCGCAAUGGCAGCACUCGCCGCCGGGUUAUCGCCGCGGCCACGACCCGUACAUCCUUCGUUGGUUGUAUCGAAUAAGCAAUUGUUCCACUCGGACGCACAUGACAAUCGGGCAUCUGCCCAUCGAGGGUCUCCGGGACUUGCAAUGGGAAUUGGGAUGGGCCUAGCUAGCGGCGCUGCUGCUAAUUUUAUCAACGCUACGCUAUUUCAUAGCCACUCUCUUCAUCCGGAUGGUCCCAUAGCGAAGAAGCCUGUCUCCUGGCCAUCGGUAGCCGCUGCAGCAGCUGUCACUGUUCGGCAACCACCACUGAAAGAAUUGGGGAUACAUCAAGUGGAAGGAUCCGAUGGCACUCACGUUUAUCAGAGCCGAUCUGCUCGACAAGCAAAGCAGCGCCAAACUGAACUGGAACGUGUGCGACGUGAAGCCGAGGCGAAAGUACUUGCUUUGCAGGCCACUGUGGGGGGUCGUCGAAGACGGAAAGUUCGUGAACCGAGACCAAUGGAGCACCUUGACGGAAGAUUACAGGGCGUCAAUGACAGUCUUGUGGAAGGUAACUUUCUUUCUUCAGAGCAUCACCGAGGCGAAGGUGAGGCGCAAGGGACUGGUGGUGGCUCCAAAGCGCCCACUGGCUAUCGAGUUAAACACUUGGACGAAUGGGAAGAUUACAAUCCUUAUGAAAGUGAAUCGCUUGUUCCGGGGGGUAGUUAUCCCGGCACCGGUCCGCCGGUAGAUGGCAUGCGUAGAGCUUGCCCUCCAGAUGAAUGAGUUUCAUUACAGUUUGCACUUACACAAUUGCUUUAACGAAAUGCACUAGUUCACCUGACUUGUACAUCGGUCUCUAAUCCAUGGGGUUCUACAGUCGAUGGUGUCAGUGCCAUUUGUUUGUCCUUUUUCUAUCCCUGUAAUCUUUUCACCGCCUUAUGUGCUUGCCUUUCCUUCCGCGCAUUUCUAUACCAUCCAAACCUCAUAGAUGAUUUCUUUGAUAAAAACUGGACCAUAUCAUUCUCAUACUGUUUCUGAACAUAUAUUGUAACCUUCAUCGGCCAAACGUUACGCUACUCGUGGUCAAUUAUCCUUAACUU